AUGGCCGACAAGGCAGCUGAGAACGCAGAGGUCACGGCGCCAGCUGCUGGCGAUGCUCCAGCUCCUGCUCCUGCUCCAGAGACCAAGGCUGAGGGCGCAGUCGUUGAAGAUGGCGCGAAGGGUUCAAACGAACCCAAACCCGCCGAAACCACUGACAACGCGACCGACAAGGUCGAACCAGAGAAGGACGCCACGACUGGUGAUGCGGAUGUCGACAUGAAGGAUGCAGCUGACACGACGGCGGUUGAGGGAGACACCACCACAGUCACCAUUGCGGAGACCCCAACAGCGAAAGCCAAGGGCGGUCGCCGCAAGUCCACUGGAGGUGGCCUCAGCAGAAAGGGAUCAAAGGCCCGCCUGACGCACACUGACGCGAAGCCUGGUGACCACUUCUUGGUGAAGCUCAAGGGCUUCCCUGCCUGGCCGGCCAUUAUUUGCGACGAAGACAUGCUGCCUCAAGCCCUGGUUACUAGCCGGCCUGUGUCUGCAGCCAAGCCAGACGGCACAUAUUCUGAAGCUUUUGCUGACGGUGGCAAGAGAAUCAAUGACCGUACCUUUCCCGUCAUGUACCUGCACACCAACGAGUUUGGAUGGGAGAAGAACACCAACCUUUCCGAGCUCAGCGCCGAGAAGGCCAAGGACACAAUCAACGACAAGAUGCGCAAAGACCUGAAGGCCGCGUUCGAAUUGGCCAUUGAACACCACCCCGUCGAUUACUAUAAAGAUAUUCUCAAGAGCUUCCAGGAAGAGCUGAUUGCUCAAGAGGAAGCCUUAAGGGAAGCUGCUGCUACUCCCAAGAAGGGGAAGAAGGGCAAGAACAAGGCUGCGGAUGAGGAAGACGCUGAAGUGCCUGAUGCUGAUGCAUCUGCUAAGAAGUCCAAGAAGCGAAAGGCUGAGGACGAGGUUGCUACCCCCCAACGCACCGAUUCUGUCAAGAAGCCCAAGAUUAAACUUAACACGUCGUCCACGCCAAAGACAGCAAACGGAGCUGGUACACCCAAGUCCACGGGCGGAUCUGCCGCCAAGAUUACCAAGGUCAAGACCAAGAAGCCCAAGGAGACCAAGGAUACCAAGGAGGGUGGCGAGAAGAAGGCUGCUGAGACCUCCAAGGAGAAUAAGAUGACUCCUGAGGAGCGUCACAAGCGCAAGGUGAAGGAGGUUUUGUUCCUUCGCCACAAGCUUCAAAAGGGUCUCUUGACACGGGACCAGCAACCCAAGGAGGAAGAGAUGCCCAGCAUGUCAGAGUUCAUCUCCCUCUUGGAGAAGUUUGUUGACCUUGAAGGAUCCAUCAUCCGGACAACCAAGAUCAACAAGGUGUUGAAGGCGAUUCUCAAGCUCGAUGCUAUCCCUCGUGAGGAGGAGUUCCAGUUCAAGAAGCGGUCACAAACCCUCCUCGAUAAGUGGAAUAAGUUGCUGGCCAGUGACACGCCGGCGAAUGGAGUGAAUGGGACCUCAGAAUCCCACGGCGAGACCAAGAAGGCUGAAUCCAACGGCGUCAAAGCUGGUGGUGAGGCCAAGCCUGAAACUGCUCCAGAAGCAAAAGCCGACACGACUGAUGCUGAACCAGCUAGUGUCAAGGCUGAUGACGAGUAA